AUGUUGCCUCCGUCGAGUACCCAUCUGGCGGAAUUCGAAAUAUCUUCUCGAAAUGGCUUCUUACCCGACCAACCACCUCUCCAGAAAUUGGACGAUACAUAUUAUGCGAGUUGGGAGGCAAUAAUUGGAGACCUUCCGGGCCUGCUCAACUCAAGCUCCUUGAGAAAUGAGGUUGACCACUUACCUAUCCUCUCAACCUCCCGGUUAAGGUCGGAAAGAGAAUGGCAACGAGCAUAUCUCAUCCUAUCAUUCGUGACACAUGCAUAUAUCUGGGAAGCUCCAGGUCCAUCGGAGCGGUUACCUCCAUCAAUAUCCGUACCCUUCUUGAAAGUAUCCUCCCAUCUCCAACUUCCGCCAACUGCAACAUACGCCGCCCUCAGCCUCUGGAACUUCAAAUCGUCCAAUACAGAUUGCGAUCUAAGUCGAAUCGAGGACCUCCAAGUCCUGCAUACAUUCACCGGUACCCAGGACGAGGAGUGGUUUUAUCUUAUCUCCGUCGCAAUUGAAGCACAAGGUGCUGAAGCUAUUCCGUUAAUGUUAAAUGCCAUCGAUGCGGUCGAAUCAGAUAACUCGCCGAUGGUUAUAGCGGCAUUGAAAGAAUUCUCCUAUCUCAUCCGGAAGAUCAGUCUACUGCUCAAGAGAAUGCACGAAAAGUGCUCCCCGGAGAUAUUUUACAACGAAAUCAGACCUUAUUUCGCCGGGAGUAAGAAUAUGGGAUUAGCCGGCCUUCCAAAUGGAGUGUUUUAUGAUGAGGGAGAAGGAAAUGGGCAAUGGCAACAAUAUAGCGGUGGGAGUAAUGCUCAGAGCUCACUAAUACAGUUCUUUGAUAUCGUUCUUGGGGUUGAGCAUUUCGACGUCAAGGGGACCAAGGGUUCGAAACAUGGAUUUCUUCGGCAAAUGCGAAGCUACAUGCCCGGUCCUCACUGCAGCUUUCUAGAGCACCUGGAGUCUAUCGCAAAUAUACGAGCAUACGCCGAACAAACAGCUGUUCCCGAAGUGACCGAGGCGUAUAAUUUUGCGGUCAAAGAACUAGAGAGUUUUAGGGAUAUCCAUAUCCAGAUUGUUGCGCGGUAUAUUAUUAUGCCAUCGAGACAACACGUAUCUACUGGGCAUCGGGGUGUGAAUCUUGCGAUUGCGUCGGCAAAUCCAGAUGUGAGGAAGGACUUGCAUGGGACAGGUGGAACGGAAUUAAUGCCCUUUUUGAGACAGAGUCGGGAUGAGACGAGGGCGGCAGCUUUGAGUUGA